CCUGCUCAUGUCAUAUCCGGUUUCAGCACCACGGCCAGCGCUAGGGUUUCUCAAAUUUCCCUCACUCGCCCGCGGUCCUCUCAUUUAGCAGCCAACUUUUGACAGCGGGGACCGUGAAAGGUGUUUAUGGCAUUUCCUUUCAAAGGUUUGGCGACCGACGUCUUCAUCCGGAAAGAGUGAGAGAGAGGCAGCAGCCCCUGACACACCGAAGAACUGAGAUGCGAUAAAUAUGCAAAGUGACGCCUCUGCAAACAAGAUUUCCUUACCGGUAUUUCACUGCUAAAGGCUGCAACGCGGUUUGCACCUGGCUUUCAAAGCGAGCGGAGGACUGUUUUGGGGGGAAGCAAAUCCAUCUGUAUGUGAGAGCCCUGGAUCGGGUGCUACCGGAGGCACAAGAUGCAGUCUGCAGGCAAGCUUAUGAGUCUCACCCUGCUCAUCUUGAUGGGCUCCGAACUCACCGAAGUGCUGCCGGCUAACCCCGAGGACUCGUGGCAGGUCUACAGCUCGGCUCAGGACAGCGAGGGCCGGUGUGUGUGUACGGUGGUGGCCCCACAGCAGACCAUGUGCUCGCGGGACGCCCGCACCAGACAGCUUCGACAGCUGCUGGAGAAAGUGCAGAACAUGACCCAGUCUAUCCAGAGUCUGGACCAGCGGACCCAGAAGGACCUGCAGUACGUCCAGAGGAUGGAGGUCCAACUCAGAGGCCUGGAGACCAAGUUCAGACAGGUGGAGGAGAACCACAAGCAGAACUUCGCCAAACAAUUCAAGGCCAUUAAAGCCAGAAUGGAGGAACUUAGGCCAAUGAUACCAGUGUUGGAGGAGUACAAAGCCGAUGCAAAAAUGGUAAUGCAGUUUAAAGAGGAGGUGAAGAAUCUGACUUCAGUGCUAAAUGAACUUCAGGAGGAGAUGGGCACCUAUGACUACGAGGAGCUUCACAGCAGAGUGUCUAGUCUCGAGGAAAGGCUACGUGCAUGCAUGCAGAAAUUAGCAUGUGGGAAGCUGACAGGCAUAAGCGACCCCAUCACCAUAAAGACGUCUGGAUCCCGCUACGGCUCGUGGAUGACAGAUCCAGUCGCCUCCGAUGGAGACACACGGGUGUGGUACAUGGACGGCUAUCACAAUAACCGCUUCGUGCGCGAGUACAAGUCCAUGGAGGACUUCAUGACGACGGACAACUUCACGUCCCACCGGCUGCCCCACCCUUGGUCGGGCACGGGCCAAGUGGUCUACAACGGCUCCAUCUACUUCAACAAGUUCCAGAGCCACACCAUUAUCAAGUUUGACUUCAAGACCGCCUCCAUCAGCAAGACCAGCCAGCUUGACUACGCCGGCUUCAACAACAGGUACCACUACUCCUGGGGAGGUCACUCCGACAUCGACCUGAUGGUGGACGAGGGGGGGCUGUGGGCCAUCUACGCCACCAAUCAGAACGCGGGGAACAUCGUCAUCAGCAAGCUAAACCCCAACACGCUGCAGAUCAUCAAGAGCUGGAACACCAACCACCCGAAGCGCAGCGCCGGCGAGGCCUUCAUGAUCUGCGGGACUCUCUACGUCACCAACGGCUAUUCGGGUGGCACCAAAGUCUACUACGCCUUCAGCACCAACUCCUCCACCUACGAGUACAUAGACAUCCCCUUCCAGAACAAGUACUCCCACAUCUCCAUGCUGGACUACAACCCCAGAGACCGGGCGCUGUACGCCUGGAACAACGGCCACCAGGUCCUCUACAAUGUCACCUUGUUCCAUGUCAUCCGCUCGGAGGAGCUCUAGACAGUGCCACGGUGACCUUCUCUGGGGAGGGCAGUGUGUUUGUGGGGGUGGGGGGUGGGGUGGAUGAGGGAGGGGGGUGUCGGGAGUCACCAUUAAUAAUGUAAUAACGCAUAGAGAAACAGCCACACUUAGAGUGCUAACACAUUUGCCAAAAAGGUCACGCUUCCACUCAGACAGUAGCUGACUGCUGGAUCUGAUUGAGGUCAGGGCCAGAUCAGGGCCAGAUCAGGGCCAGAUGAAUGCCAGGUCCUCUGCACAUUCAGCUGUCAGCCUCACAGUCAGAUCCCCCACCUUGAGAUGAUAACAGAUAUCUGUAUCAUCUCAGACCUUUUUCUUUUUGUCUGUCUGUCUGUCUGUCUGUCUGUCUGUCUGUCUGUCUGUCUGUCUGUCUGUCUGUCACCUGCUGAACGUGUACGACCUAGUUUGUAAAUGAAGAUCCUUAGAGAAAAUACUUCAAAGCAAAAAGGAAUGCAUAGCAUUAACGAGUCCAAUAGCAUCCUUUGUAUCGAAAUGCAAAUAACAUUCUGAAAUACUGAUGACAUGAAGGCAAUGACUGUUGGAAAUACACAGUGUAAGAUUCAGUGUUGUGACUGUAGCGCUCUGAUUUUCUCAAGGUUUCUGCAUGGAACUUUUCUACUUCAAUAGCUCACUAGUAUGGAUGUAUUUUGCAAAGUUACAACACUGUUAGAUGAAGGAGACUAGUUAGGAAAUGUGUGAUCAUUUCUCUCUUUUUUACUUUUUUGCCUACAUUUGGUCUAAACUGGUGUCGCUUUAUUUUUUGUAUCUAUAUGUGAAAUUAGAGUUAGAUUGGAUACGGACAGAGAUUAUCUAUUUCAUAUACUUCUGGCUAGCAGGACACGUAUGUAUCACAAGAGAAUGUAUCCGAUAAUGUACUUAUAAAAGUAAUGUACACAUUGAUCAUAUUUUAAAUUGACUUCACAAGUCUGUUGUCUGUGAUUCUUAGCCGAGAUAAAUGGUGGUUUGAAAUAUUGCGCUUGAUUAUGUGUUGUAUCUGAAAUGUCAUAAUAAUAAAGAAUUUGUUUUAGGUCA